UUUGACAGUAAUAAAUGAGGUUGCUAGAGAGAACGGAGCUUGUUGGUGUAUACAGUGUGGGUGUCUGUGGUCAUGCUUCUCGAUCUUAUGUCAUAUCAGUGUAAUCAACUCAAUUAUUAUUGUUUUUAAUUAAAACUACAAAAAGUGUUAAAUGAAGUGCGAAUCGGACUUACAAUUCGUCAAUAUAUUAACAUUAUGUUGAAGACCAGCAACUGUUCCAUCAAGAAUUAGAAUAUUUUUAGUGAAAACUUAAGAAUAAAACCAAGAGAGAGGGUUUUAUAUGCAAAUUGUUUAAAUAUAGUUUAGUACUUAAACAUAUGUAAGCAACAAUAAUGGAAAUCGCAAAAGAUGAUCAAAAUUUAAAUCAAAUCCUUUUAGAAGAAACGUUUUAUGUACUAACGAAGAAAAACUGUGUGUUCAAAGUGCGUUUAACACGACAAGGUCUUCAUUUAAUAAAAGAAAGUGAAGAAAAUCACAAAGAACAAGUCGUACCAAUUACAGACAUAGUAGGCUGCAGAUGUCUUAGAAGUAAAAAACAAUCAAAAAGAUGUGUAUGCCAAUCAAUUACUCGAUCAGGUAGUUUGGAAGUCGUAGAAGAAACUUCCGGGGAUCUCGAUAUCAAUGACACUAGUGCCUAUUUGUACAUUUACGCGUAUUUAUUCCAAAACACAAAAUCGUCAAACAAAAAAAGAGAAAGAACCAUAAUAACUUUGAGGUUUAGGUCCUUUGAUAAAUUCGAAGAUAACAACAGGGAAGCUCAGAGGUGGAGGACAAUAAUCAAAAAACUAAUCAAAGGGGAGAAUGUUCCUAACACCAGUAUUGUCGAAUUCACAACCAUGCAUAAGCUCAGAGAAGAUAGGAAAAUCCUGGUUUUGUGCAACCCAAAAAGUGGAGCUGGCAAAGCAAAAGACUUGUUUCAACAGAAAGUGGUACCUGUGUUACAAGAAGCAGAGAUUCCGUUUGAUCUGUAUUUGACCAAACAUGCCAACUAUGCAAGGGAGUUCAUGAGGACCAACAAUGUCUUCCAGUGGACUGGAAUUGUUACGGUCGGCGGUGAUGGAAUCUUCUUCGAAGUACUCAACGGCAUUUUCGAGCGAUCCGAUUGGGCCGACGUGACGAGAUCGAUUCCCAUCGGGAUAGUACCUGGAGGUUCCGGCAAUGGACUAGCACGUAGCAUAGCACACUAUUACUCAGAACCGUACAUGACCACGCCAGUUUUACCUUCGGCUUUAGCGAUAGUUCGAAAUCAUUCCGAGUUUAUGGAUCUGGUGAGGGUGGAGACCACGUCGCAGAUCGUUUUUUCGUUCUUGUCCGUCGGAUGGGGUUUGCUAUCCGAUAUCGAUAUAGAGAGCGAGAAAUUGAGGAUAUUGGGAGGACAAAGGUUUACCAUUUGGUCCCUGGCGAGGCUUAUCGGUCUUCGAAGUUACGGAGGAAAACUAUGGUAUUUACCGGCUGAACUUCCUCUAGUAGAACAACAGAACAACCUUGCAUUUUCUAGUAUCGUAGGCAGUAAUGUCGAUCUUCCAAGUGAAGUCAAUUUAGAGACUAAAGCAGGUCGACCGCGAGUGGACUCGUGGUACAGCGCAAACUCUCGGCGAAGCGCUUACUUCUCCGCUACCGGCAGCUCCUAUCAAUCGGCGGCAGACAGCGCCGGCGCAGUGGGUGCGUCGCCGAAUCCCGCCGAAAGACCCCGAAUGUACGGCCCCGCUUCUCAAAUACCAGCAGUAUUAGCACCACUCCCUGCGAAGUGGGAGUGUAUAUCGGGCCGGUUCGUCAUGGUCCACGCUUCAUAUCAAAGCCAUCUCGGGGAAGACGCCCUGUUCGCUCCAGAUGCUACGUUAAAUGAUGGAAAAAUAUGGUUACUGAUAGUUCAUGCCGGUGCAACCAGAUCUCAAGUCCUCCAGUUCCUGCUCGGCCUCAGCACCGGCGCCCACGCCACUUCGAAAUCCUCCGACGGCCACGUAGAACUCAUCCCCGUUCACGCCUUCCGAAUAGAGCCGGACAUGACUGAAGAGGGCUACAUAACCGUCGACGGUGAACUGGUCGAGUACGGCCCCAUUCAAGCCGAGAUAUUCCCCUCUUUGUGCCGCGUUAUGGUUCCUUGAUCCGAGUACUCCUCUAGGAGUAGCAACGGUAAAGUCAGAAAGAAAUCCAAGGUUGUGAUGUUAUCUUCGUUUGAGCCUUUACUGAUUCGACUUGAUAGCUUUUAAGGUUUUGAACUUUGACAGUAUUUUCGGGUUUAGGAAAACGGUCGAGAGGGAAAGUUUACUAUAUUAUAUUAAAGACAUCUAGAAAAUAUUGGUAAACAUGACGUUUAUAUUUAUUAUUUUAUUAAAAAUAAUUUUUAAUCAUAUAUGUACAAACAAUUCCAUGACAUUUUCGGCACAUUUUGGUGCAUGGCAAUGCCAUUUCCCCACCGAAGUGAUAUACAUAUGACAGUUGGUAAAAGAUAAGUGACAGCUGACAGUUGCUAUCUGCCAUUGCCUAUUUAGUUAUAUCUUGUAGCAGCCGUAGUAGGAGGGAAUUUUUGUCUUAGUUUUUAAGAUUUACUGUUUGGGCAUUCCUCUAUGAUUUCUAAUAAAUAUUGUGGUUAAUAUUUAUCAGAAUUAUUAAAGAACUCCAAGAAAGAAUCUUCGAUCAAAAGACACUCUUUUCCAGUAGUUAUUGUCAUUAAGUUAAUUUACAAAUAGUGCAAGAUAAUGCACUUUUUCACCGAAGUGAUAUAUGGCAUUUGUCAUUUGACAAGUGACAGUUUACAGUUGCUCUCUGUUACUGUUGAAGGCACAAUAGAAAGGAAUUUUUGUCUUAGUUUUUCAGUUUUAGUACUUGGGCAUCCCUCUAAGAUUUCUAAUAAAUAUUGUGGUUAAUAUUUACGAGAAUAAUUAAAUAACUUCAAGAAUCUUCAAUAAAAAGUAAAAUCUACACUCUUUUCCAGUAAUUACUGUCAUAUUGUCAGUCAAUUUACAAAUAGUGCAAAGUGAAGCACUUUUCCAAUCGAUGUGGCAUAUGAUAGUUGUAAUUUGACAAGUGAAAGUUGACAGGUGCUCUAUGUCAUUGCCUAUUUAGUUUUGUCUUGUUGCAAGCAUAGUAGAAGGGAAUUUUUGUCUUCCAUUCGUCUUAGUUUUUAGGUUUUGUUGUUUGGGCGUUCCUCUACGAUUUUUAUUAAAUAUUGUGGUUGAUAUUUACCAGAAUAAUGAAGUAAUCCAAAUAGUCUUGAACCAAAAGAACAACCAUUAGUUGCUGUUAUAUUGUCAAUAAAUUAACAAAUAAUGCACUUUUCAUAUCGAUGUGACAUAUGGCAGUUGUAAUUUGAAAAGUGACAGUUGCUUUCUGUCAUUACCCUUUGGUUUUUAUCUUGUAGCAGGGACAUUAGAAUGGAAUUUUUCGCUUUCUUUUGUCUUAGUUAAAUAAGGCAAAGAAUCUUCAAUCAAAAGACACUCUCUUCAGUAGUUACUGUUGUAUUGCCAAUAAAUUUACAAAUAAUGCAAGUUAACGCACUUUUCUCACCGAAAUGACAUAAGGCAGUUGACGGUUUCUUUCUAUAGUUACCAAAUACAACUUUCUCUUUCGUUCUGUUUCGUUGCAGUCACAGUUUUCUGUUUCAAUCUGUGUAAUUUUUUAUUCCUUUUGUCUUAGUUUUUAAUUUUUGUCGAUAGGAUAUUUCUCUAUAAUGUUUAUUAAGUAUUGUAGUUAAACAUACAUGUUUGAAAUUGAAAAUGCAAUAUUGGGUGUUAAACCAGGUAAAAAAUAGAUAUUUUCGCAAAAUAAAAAGGUGUGACAGUUUUUACACUAGCAUCUUUGAUUUGCACAGAAAUACAGAGUGUACAAAGAUUCUGGUAACAAAAUAUAACUGACAAACUUAACAGUAGUUGAUCUAAAUCUAAACUAAUGUGAAUCCUAAAACAAUUUUAUAAUUUGAAGUUGUGUUUUGUGGAAACCGUUUUGCACACCCUGUAUAUAUUUAUACGCCUCUCUUGUUUGUUCCUGUUCAUGUUUUAAUAAUUAUUGAUUUUUUGAGUGUAUUUUAUAAUAGUUGGUAAGAAACUGUGAAUCUCUCUCGACCGUUUUUCUAAGCCCUGUAUAUUUUUGUUCUUGUCGUUACAUAAGUGAUAAAUAUGGCUUUUAAAAGUUGUGUAGAUAUAAUAUAGGCCGAAUGCUCAAGUUUAGCUGUAAGUCAAUGCAUUUAGCUAGUAAAAAAGUUCAGUUUUAUGUAACUUAAAAGACGAAACACUUGCCAUACAUUAAUAAAUAUGAGAUUGUGAAAAUAA